GUUCAGCAUUAAUUUUAUAGUCUUAUUCAUACGAAACACAGAACGAUCAUAUUGACACGAUUCAUUUAUAUGUUUAGCCAAUAGACUCAGCAUGCCCGUGUUAUCGCCCCGUAGUCGUUUGAAAUUUUGACUGCCUUGAUUUUUUCUUUUCUUUUCCAACCAAAAGAGUGGAUUUAUUUUGAGUUGUAGGAAAAAAGAUCCUCACAUCUGUGGAUGCAGUUUGGUCAUUGCAUUGCAAUGAUUUGAUCUUCUCAGCUUGCGGACUUAUUCGAUGUGCUAGCGAAACCCUACUCUUUGAUCAUGCCUGCAGCUACUCUUCUUCCUGGUAGGUAUGUAAAGCUUAUCCAAGUGUAUACCAGAAGAGGGGCCUUGAUACCCGGCAGAGUGCUCCAUGCUCACCUCAUCAUCAAUGGGUUGGCUUGUUCUGCUCAGGUGGCUGCCAAGCUCCUAGCUUUUUAUGCUAGUUGCAAAGAAUUGGUUUGUGCUCGAAAGCUGUUUGAUGAAAUUCCCAAGUCGAAUAUUAGGGGUUGGGUGGCUGUCAUAGGAUCGUAUGCCUGCAAUGGCUAUUACGGGGAGGCCAUGGGCGUGUUUGGGGAAAUGCACAAGUUAGGAAUGAAGUGCGACAGAAUUAUUUUGCCUAGUGUUCUUAAAGCUUGUGGACAACUCUGUGAUCUGGAAACCGGGAAGAAGCUCCAUGCUACUGCUUACAGAAGUGGAUUUCAAUAUGAUGCUUUUGUGAUGUGCGCAUUGAUUUGUAUGUACUCGAAUUGUGGGAUGGUUGGAAGGGCUAGAAAUGUGUUUAAUGUCAUGAUGGAUAGGGAUUUGGUUUCUCUAAAUGCUCUGGUUAACGGUUACGUUCAAAAUGGCUUUGUUAGAGAAGCAUUGAGUUUGGUUGAGGAGAUGAAAUCUUUGGGUAUGAAGCCUGACAUUGUGACAUGGAACACGUUGAUCAGAGGGUUCUCCCAAGAAAAUAAUGAUGUGAUGAUCCAGUUAAUUUUCAGAAGAAUGGAAUCCUCUGGGGUUAAACCUGAUGUUAUAUCGUGGACUACGAUAAUUUCUGGUUUGGCACAAAAUUUUCGCAGCAGAGAGGCACUUAGUGCUUUUCGAGAAAUGCUGCGAAUGAGGUUGCUCCCGGCAGAAGCAACAAUCAGUGGCCUACUGUCUGCAUCGGCUUGUGUUGCGGAUUUGAGGCGUGGCAAGGAGUUUCAUGGUUUUUCAGUAGUGAUGGGCUUCGAAACUAGUCUUCAUGUAAGGAGUGCGCUCAUAGACAUGUAUGCAAAGUGUGGAUUGAUUUCCGAAGCAAUGUACUUGUUCGAGGGAAUGUCGGAGAGAAGUACUGUCACCUGGAAUUCCAUGAUAUUUGGUUUUGCAAACCAUGGGUAUUGCCAUGAAUCCAUUGAAUUUUUCUGUCAAAUGCUGAGAGAAGAAGUAAAACCAGACCACCUGACAUUCACUGCAGCUUUCACUGCCUGUGCACAUGCGGGGAUGGUCGAUGUUGGCAAAAGUCUGUUCCAAUUGAUGCAGGAGAAACACAACAUAAAACCAAGAUCAGAACACUAUGCAUCCAUGGUGGAUCUGCUGGGCAGAGCGGGAAUGGUUGCUGAGGCCUAUGACUUUAUUCAGGGAAUGCCUACGGAGCCUGAUUCCUUUGUGUGGGGAGCACUAUUAGGCGCAUGCCGGCUCCAUAAUUGUCUGGAUCUUGCAGAGGUAGCUGCAAAACAUUUGGCUAAGCUUGAACCAAAGAGUUCUGGAAGUAGUGUGCUUUUGGGGAAUUUGUACAGGGACUCUAGCAAGUGGGAAAAUGCCAUGAAGGUGAAGAACAUGAUGAAGAAAAGGAAACUGAGAAGAUUCCUUGGCUGUAGUUGGAUUGAGGUUUAA